AAUUUGCCUGUGAGACCCAGAGGAGAAUGAAUGGUCAUGUGAAGAAUAUGCAUUUUCAAAAGAUUGUGGAAUCAUCAGCAAGAUUACUCUCUUUACUGCUCCUUAUGGCUGUUGAUUCAACAAAAAUUGUGGCGGCGAGCACAAACCAGCAGUGUGGGAAUGCAAUGCAGCAAUCUUGGAAACUCACCAGGCUUGCCCAUAAGGAAUCUGUUGAUCUAAUCAAAACAUACAAAACUUCUCAAGGACAGAUGUCCGAGCUUUUCUGCAAGGUGUCAGUAAGCAACAUCCCUGACUCCAAAAUCUCCGGGCUGGAGACCUCAGAGAGGCUGGCGAGCAUUUACACACAUCUCCAAGCUUUCUUCCCACAUUUUAAGCGAGUGUUUGAGCAGCAGGCAGACUUACAGCCCCCCACGAGCCCACUGCUGCCUGAACUCAAACGUGCCAGUGCUCGCUCCAGGAGCCUCACCUUUCUGAUCAACGCUUUGUAUCACAACCUCUUCCCAAACCUGCCCCUACCAGAACCGGCAGGUGGGCCGACAAUGCUACCUCCACCUCAGAAUGUCUUCCAGCAAAAAGUCUACGGCUGUGUGGUCCUGAAGACCUACAAGGAGUUACUGUCUAACAUUUCCAAAGACUUAAGGACUCUCAAAAACAGAGUCUGUAGAAAGAGGAUACAUCUGAAUGCACUCUUCUUCUGAAACAGACCUGAGACUGGCCUCAGACAACCAGUUGUCAGAAGGACUUAAAAAAUUAGUAUGAAGGUGGCAGGUACAUCGGCAUAACAGAGCCUAUUUAUGCUAUUUAAUAUUUAUAUUUCUCAAGUGUUUCUACCAGAAAGAGAGAGUAAAAAGAUGCGAUUAUGCAAGUUAUGUGUAUUUAAUUUGUAUAACAUGUUGUGCAAGGAUUUGUGAUGUAAAGUUAAGUCUACAUUGUGUCUGGCUGCAUCAAUAAUAAGACCAUGAGAAAAAAAAGUCAUGCAAGAUAUGUCUUCUCCUGUGUUGCACUCUGCUGAAAUAAAUGUAU